AUGGAAGCCAUAAAAUCCAUGAUACCUGGAGCUGGAGAAGGCGAUGCUGCUGGCGUUGGAGAUAUCUCCAAUCCUGAUCAAAUGAGUCGCGAAGACAUGGUAAAGACAAUCGAAAACCUCCAGAAGGCUCAAAAGGCUCAGUCAGUGGCAAAUGACCUUAAAUCCAAAGCUAUGGCCAUGACCAACUCCAAAGAACGUGAAAGGAUGAUUACUGAAGCAUUUGACAAAGAGGUCGAAGCUCAUGGCCAUAGCAAGAUGGCUAAACGACUGCAAAGUGGUACAUGGCAAGGUCUCGGGUUCGGAGGUGGCAUCGGCGCCGCUACCGGCAUUGGGACUGGUGCCGUGCUCGGCACUGUGCUAGGAGCAGUUACGGCUGUGCCAACGACAUUGUUGGGCGGUGCCAUUGGAACAGGGGUAGGUGCUAUUCGCGGUCCUUUCAUCAAACUUGGUGGAAAGGAACAAAAGUUCGAGGAUGCAGAUCCUGAGAAAGUCGUUGAUGCCAUGCAGGAAGAGAGCAACAGCCAGUCUCGACAGCAACCGAAUGGUGGCACAGACAAAGAUGCUACCGGCAAGAACAACAGUGGAGCGGAGCAGAAGCAGCGAAAGAAGCCAAAGAAGCUAGAGAUCAGGUCUCAACCAAAGAUUCCUUCAGAAUGCCAGAGCAAUACUACAGGCCAGAACGUCGAGGCUGGAGUUGCCGACGAGUCAAAGCCGAAGAGGAAACCAAAGAAACUUGAGAUCAGAUCGGAAAGGAAUGCCAAAUCUUGA